UGGGAGCGAGUCGACGCAGUUACUUAAUGUGAACAAACAAACCAAUAUAUUCUUCCCAAAGACUUUGGUAUGCUGUAAAAUGUCAGUUUUUAUGGGCACGGGUAAGAGGAUGAGAAGAUCUAGAACACUAUCUGCAAACAAGUUACAGGCAACAGAAGGGAGGCCAAAUUGGGGAAAUGGCCAAAUUCACCCAAUCUUUGUUCUCCAAAAAACUGGAGGCAUAUGUAAUAUUCCCGACACUUUAUUCCACUGCUCUUGCUACGCUUGUUCCGCUUUUAUAGCCGACGUAUUCUUAAUACCUCCUCAGCGCUUUCCAUGCGUACACAUCACCCAUAAUGCCCAACUAUUUCCACCUGUGUUAAUUGUUUUCCUCCCCUGCUUUCAUUAAUGAUGAGGAGGGAGGUCUCAGUACGACUACGACAGAGGCGUUGAUUCCUCUGCUCCAUUGCAUUGAAUUCCUCCUCUCCCAUAUUGUUGCUUCCGACAUCUUCUUCUGAAAAUCCUCUCAAAACGUUUCAAUCCUUUUUGUCCGCUGCAACCUGCGAUUGGCUAUGUCGCAAAGCAUGCCUUUGGAAGGCAGCUCUUUAAGUGAGUGUUGAGAAAUGAAUCGGUAAUAGACGGAUAUCUUUACAAUGGGAAGGGUGAAGCUGACCAUCAAGAGGCUGGAGAACUCCAAUAGCAGACAGGUGACCUUUUCUAAGCGGAGGAAUGGCAUUAUAAAGAAGGCGAAAGAGCUCUCUAUCCUGUGCGACGUCGACAUAGCGCUCAUCAUGUUCUCCCCCACAGGAAAGAUCACAAAUUUUCCCGAAAAAAGGAGCAACAUGGAAGAAGUUAUAGCAAGAUUUGCCCAACUAACACCACAAGAAAGAGCAAAAAGGAAGCUAGAAAGUCUUGAAGCACUCAAGAAAACAUUUAAAAAGCUAGGCCAUGAUGUUAAUAUAGAAGAUUUCUUGGGAGCUAGCAACCGAACAAAUCAGGAGUUGAAUGAUGAGUUGCGGCAAAUUCAGCUACAACUAUCUAAUGUGCAAAAAGAAUUGUGGUAUUUUGGUAAUGAACCAGAUCACAUUACCACCUUAGAGCAAGCGAAAGCUGUAGAGGGAACCUUACACGAAGCUAUUAUUCAAAUGCGUAAUCUCAAGGAAAAUCUAAUGAAUACCCAACUUAUGCCCGUUGCCGAACCUAGUCAACAGUUUUAUCAGAGUAGACUGUGCUUGCCCUUGCCGAUGGAGGGAGACCAUCAGCAUCAAUCUAUUUCAUGGAUGUCUACUGAGAAUCAACAAAUUUUCCUACCUGAACUUUCUAACUUGAUAUUAUCUCAAAGAGAUAUGGAUCACGUAGAAAACCACUUGACAAUUCCUCCAAGAUACGUUCUUAAUGGUAGGCAUUCUGAUAUAAAUGAAACUUCAAGCCAACAGGAAACAUGUUUUAGUGAAUUAAACCAAGGCACAGGACUAAGUUUGCAAUUCAGCAACCAUUGCAUUCAGCUGCAACACCCAUGUGAUUAUUUUUCUCGAAACAAAAAUUUCAAGAUGGAGAUGGAUAGGAAUUCGCAAGGCUCUUUCAUAGACUUCCAAAACUGUGGCCAUGAAACUCUUGGAAUUGCAUAUGAUGGGUUGCUUCAACAAAUGCCUGCAAGUUUUAGCCAUGCUGCCAUGUCUCUCUGUGGACCGCAACCCCCGACUAUGUUAGAUGGGUUUUUAACAUCAGCGAACCAACAAAUGGUCUAUUCGGGAGAUCCAAACUCACUAGAUGCUUAGAGACUGAAAUAUAUAUAUAGGUUAGUUCAAGACUCUAUGUUGAUAGUAUUAAAUCUAAAGCUUAUGGCGCUGAGUCCAUGAACAAAUGCGCUUCUUCUUUUUUUUUUUUUUCAAUUGUUUACAGGUGGGGAUAUUCUCUUGUAUAUAUUUAAUUGAACAUUAUUUGAUUAGCUUUCGAACAAGAUAUCAAUUUUUUAGGGUCAUAGUAGGAGCUUUUAAUUUGUAAGGAAUUCUUACAUUGUGGAGAAUUAUCUAUCUAGAUAGAUAGUUCAAAGUAUAUUUGGUUUUCAAGGGGUUGUCAAAGUAUAGUUUAU